AUGAAGAUGGCUGCCGUCAUCUACGAAGAAGCCGGCGAUGCCAGUGUGCUGCAUUACACCAAAGCCUUCCCCCGACCUCAAGCCAGUCGCGACCAUGUUCUGAUUCGCACCAUCGCCAGCAGCGUCAACCCUGUCGAUGUCAAGCUGCGCAAGCACCCCGUUGCGUCUUUUUUAAGACCCUUGCCAAAGGUUCACGGAUCGGACGUGGCAGGCACCGUGAUUGAGGCACCUGCGGACAGCGGGUUUCGCGUUGGCGAUCCCGUCUAUGCCAUGAUGCCUCAUGUGGGCUCAAAGUGGGGAUCCACAGCCGAGUUUGCCAGCAUUCCCAAGGAACUUGUGGCUGGCGCCCCCACCCGCAUCCCCAUUGCCCACGCUGCCACCAUCCCUCUGAUUGGCACAACUGUUCUUCAAGCCCUGGCCCCCGUCAUCAAGGACUGGGACGGCAAGACCGAGGGCAAAAAGAUCUUGAUCCACGCAGGCACCGGCGGCGUCGGAAGUUUUGCGAUUCAGUACUGCAAAAACGUCCUGAGCAUGUACGUGGCCGUCACCUGUAGUGAGAGCAGCGCGGCGCUGGCUCGCGAGCUCGGCGCCGACACGGUCGUUGAUUACAAGCACCAACGCUUUGAAGACGUCAUCCACGACUUUGAUUGCGUUUUGGAUCCUAUGGCAUUUGAAUAUGAAGAGCGAACCCUUCGAUCUGGUGUUUUGGCCAAGGGCGCUCACUACAUUCAUAUUGCCAGCAGUCCCCUGGACAUGGAGCCGGGCGACGCUGGAACUGAUCACCUUCACAUGGCCAUCCCAGAAGCCCGCCCGAGCCACCUCGUGGCGCUGAGCUUUCGCAAGUUCAAAAGCCUCUUUGCCAACUACAAGUAUCACACUGUCUUUGUCAAGCCCAAUGGCGAUGCGUUGCGUCAGAUCACCGAGUGGAUCAAUGACGGGCGCAUUAAGCCGCUCAUUGAUAAGGAGUUUUCCUGGAAAGAGGUGGAUCAAGCUCAUGACUACCUUGCCAAGGGCCACGUGCACGGCAAGCUAAUCAUCAACCAUGUUGACGAUGUGGAGGAUACACUCAAUGGGCUACAAAGCUACUCUCUUGCCGACCGUGAACUGCAGGACAGUGGUAACCAAAACUAA